AUGGACUCCGAUGGAAAUAGCGGGCUGCUGACGGACGCCGAAAAGGAGAUUGCCGCCAUCGACAAGAUUGCGAGGCGCCUCAAGCUUGAAGACGCCGAAUUGAAGGCUAAAAUCAGGGUUAACCGGGUGGAAGUCGAGAGACUAUCGAAAGUACAGUUCCACAACAGAAAUGCUUUCCCGGAAAAUAUUUCAAUCACCACCACAUACUUCUGUACUCAAAUUAUACAUGGCUUCGACGAGUACAGGCCUGUGGAAAAGGGUGUCAUCAUAUGCACAGGCUGUAUCGACAGAGACUUUUACGUUGUAGAGAUUCAGGCCCUUGAAGACACCCAAAGCGCCAUUUACGUAGACACGCUCAUGGACACAGAAAACCCUGCACUGGCAUUACAAGCAUUGAACACCAACAUGAUGAGAAUGCUGCACGCUGAGUAUCUUCCGCAAUUCGACUACAAUGAUAGACAAACCGCCGUCUUCUACGAAACGACCAUUCUUCCAAUAAAAACUCGCGGCUUCAUAAUUGUCAUCACACUGAUCUGGCUCCGCCUCAUCGCCACAUUUUGGAUCACGGUCGCCUUCCUUACAAAAACACGUUAUAGCCGCCUGAACAACGCCUGGCAGGUCCUAAGUCAUCUGCGGACACUAAAAAUGGACGACUUCCUGGACGAAAGCCUCACCGACAAGGAGAUCAAAGAGCGACUUCAAGCCCAGGGCACUGCACAUCAACUCGUGCGCCUCGAACCGAAUGGAGAUGUUGGAGAUAUUGGCUUAUGGCGGCGGAGCGAGAAGAAAGCGGCUCGAGACACCAAGGAAGAAGAGCCGAUUGAAUCGGAGCAGGGUGAGGCGGCGUAG